AUGCCACCACAGAAUAUCAGUUUAUCACCUCAACAACAUCAUUUGGAUCACCAGAUGAACCAUUCUUUGUUAGAUCCAAACACUGGGAUCAUCGUUAGCAUGAGUGACCAGCACGUGGCCCACCAGCUGAGGCAUGCUCAUGGCAUGCUAGACCUGAGUGAGACUGGAAGCUCACUGGAGCAUCUAGCAGGUGGUGGGCACUCUUCACAGUCACUGACCGGUCUGGCUUCUGCACGCUCAUCUGAUCACAUGCUGGAAAAUAUUAUAGGAAAUGAUAGCCGCCGACAGUUGCACUCUCUUGAUCGGAUUAACAACUUGAGUGACGGUGCCAGUCUGUCAGUGAGGCAGAUAAACAGUAGUGACAGAGAUGGGGCCAGUCGUCCCUUGUCUAGGCUAGGGGUCAAUGCAUUAAGUGAAAGGCAGAAUCAGCAACCUAUGAGGAACCUAACACCUGUGGGAAUGGACAGUCGGACUGGACAGAAUGGUGGUGGUAUGCUGGGUAGUGAUGGUCGAGGAAGUGUUGGGAUGAGCAACCAGCCUCUGACUUUGGGAGGGAACAAUGUGACUGGUGUGCAAGACUCUGGGAAUACAAACAAUCAAACCCUGAAUUACACUUCUGAACAGACCCCCCAGAAUUUCUUGGAUUCGGGAUCGUCUGUACCACGUCGGGGUCGGCCCCCCUCUUUAGGUGGGGUCCAGCAUAAUAUAGUCGAUCAGCAACAGCAUGGAGCACAAACAUUGUCUUCUCACAUGUCCAUGAGAGCAAGCCUCUCAGAGCACCCAGCACAUAGUCACCAGGGCCUGGUGGAGCACCACAGUCAACACCACGUCGUAAGAGACACAAAUGGCAACAACAACCAUAAUGGAAGAAGUAGUCUCUCAAUAUUCAGACAGGAUAAUAAUAAUGGCCCACUGCAGUCACGGCCAGGAUCUACAUUGCUGUCAGAAGCUAACAGUCACAGUGAAGCGCUUCAACAUUCUCGUGCUAUCUAUUCAACUUCAUCUAUAUCAGGUGACCGAGUUGUUGAUGAUCAAUCUGGAUCUCUUAUAGAAGAAACUAUAGCAUCGGUAGCCUCAAAUUUAAACAAGUCUUCGCCUGAUGGCGGCAUCAUGCCUGGUCCGCUGCCUCCUAAUGCCCUUUUGGGGCUGGAGAACCUUGGAUCAGUCCGCACUAGCAGUGCAGCGUCCAACUUGAGCCACAGAGGAGAUGAAUCUUUUGCAGACUUUGUUGGCAGACACCACAGCCAGGGCAUACAUAUGCUGUCUGAGAGGACAGCUCAAUCACUGUCCGGACUGAUGGACGAGAACUCCAUGAGCCAGUCUCCGGGACACCAUCAGGGAAGAGAGUUGGACAGGACCCAUCCUUGCCUGACGUGCCUCAAGUUGUUUCGCAGUAAGCAACAGCUAGCACAGCACAGCCUGGUUCACACUGGCAUUCGCAAGCACAUCUGUUCAUUUUGUGACAGGGCUUUCAAACAGUUGUCUCAUCUGCAGCAGCAUGUGCGGAUUCACACCGGUGAGCGCAAAUAUGUCUGCCAGCUUUGUAGCCGUGCUUUCAAACAAAUGACACAUUUGCAGCAGCAUCAUAGAAUUCACACUGGUGAGAGGAAGUAUGUGUGCCAGAUCUGCAGCCGAGCCUUCAAGCAGCUGACACACCUGCAAAAACAUCAUGUUGUUCAUACAGGAGAGCGCAAGUUUGUUUGUCAGUGUUGUGACCGAGCAUUCAAACAGCAAACACAUCUCCAACAGCACUACAGGAUCCACACUGGUGAAAAGCCGUACAGAUGUAAAUUUGAGAACUGUGAGCGGGCGUUUGCACAGCUGUCCAACCUGCAGCACCAUAUGCGCAACCAUGACGACCAGGUGAAGAAGGAGGCCACUCGUAUCCACAAGUGCCAGAUUUGUCACAGGUGUUACACCAAUGAGAGCAGCCUCAAGUCUCACACUCUGAAG